CCCCUCAGGGCCGGCGAAGAGCGGGAACUACAUCUCCCAUGGUGCCUUGGGCGCGCUCUGCGGUAUCUCAGCUCGGAGUGGGCGAGAAGGGAACCAAGCGCUGCGGCGGUUCCUCUGUGAGGAGUUGUUGGGUGUGUUUUGCAACUGAUGAGGAUGACAGAACAGCAGAGUGGGUGAGACCAUGCAGGUGUAGAGGCUCUACGAAAUGGGUUCACCAAACUUGUCUACAGCGCUGGGUGGAUGAAAAACAGAGAGGGAACAGUACAGCUCGUGUUGCCUGUCCUCAGUGCAAUGCAGAAUACUUAAUAGUAUUUCCAAAACUAGGUCCAGUUGUUUAUGUCUUGGACCUGGCAGAUCGCCUUAUCUCAAAAGCCUGUCCGUUUGCUGCAGCUGGAAUAAUGGUGGGCUCUAUCUACUGGACAGCUGUCACUUAUGGAGCUGUAACAGUGAUGCAGGUUGUGGGUCAUAAAGAAGGCCUCGAUGUCAUGGAAAGAGCUGAUCCUUUAUUCCUUUUAAUUGGACUUCCCACCAUCCCAGUUAUGCUUAUAUUGGGAAAGAUGAUUCGCUGGGAAGACUAUGUGCUUAGAUUGUGGCGAAAAUAUUCUAACAAACUACAGAUUCUGAACAGCAUAUUUCCAGGGAUUGGAUGUCCUGUUCCUCGUAUUCCAGCUGAGGCCAACCCUCUGGCAGAUCACGUCUCUGCUACUCGUAUUCUCUGUGGAGCUCUUGUCUUUCCCACUAUUGCUACGAUAGUUGGCAAGUUGAUGUUCAGCAGUGUUAACUCUAAUCUUCAGCGAACAAUUUUGGGCGGAAUUGCUUUUGUUGCUAUAAAAGGAGCUUUCAAGGUCUAUUUCAAACAGCAGCAAUAUUUGCGACAAGCUCAUCGGAAAAUUUUAAACUAUCCUGAGCAAGAAGGUGCAUAAAUGACUGUGGAUGUCAGACUUUUACAAUCUCAUCUGCUAUAUUCAGCAGCAAUGUACCAAUACUAUUAUUUGGCUAAAGGAGCUGAGAUUGGAGGAUAUGUUGCUGAUUUUUGUGGUCCCCCCACCCCCUACCCCCAUAGAAUAAUAAAAUACCUUAUUAUGGCAGGGCAAAUCCUCCUUAGUUGUUGAUCCUAAGAAUGUGAUUUGUUUUCACUGAUGUGUUUACUUUGAGGCGGAAGACAUCUGAAUCAUUUUCCUAUGGGCAAAUGUUGCCUUCUUUCGAAACAGAAGCCAAACAGUUGUGAAGUUAAUAAAUUAUGUGCAGACUGUAUUGAAUUAUAUUUUGUAUGCUUGUUGCAGUAAAUGCACAGUACUUUGCUAAAUGGGCCAAUAUAAGAAACUUCUAAAAAUAUGCAUAGUUUAUUAUUGCCAAGUGGAACUCUGGAAUGUCAGUUAAUAGGGGUUCCCGUAUUCAUAGAGGAAGCUAAAGAAUAAGCUUCAAAUUAGUGAUAGCAGAACUCAAUUCAUUUUCUUGCUAGUUCACAUAGUCCAUCACAACAGCCCAGAUUGUUAGAAGUUUCAUUAAAUAUAGAAAAACCUGUCUGGGUCUGAUUACUUGGAACACCAGCAAAUUGCUUUUUUAUUUAAAAAAAAAUAAAUCAACAGAUUGCUGUCUUUUGGCUCUUUCAUUGUAAUGCAAGUAGCAUUAUAUAUAAUUAACUCCUGUCUGCCACCAGUAAAACUGAAAAACUGAAUUACAAUCUAUAUGUGACUCGUUUCAAUAUUAGACUGUUGCUUAGUGCCAGUAUGCUUUGGAAGCACAACCAAAUUGUGGAGUCAUUAUUCAGGCUAAAUCAAGAAGCAAGGGUUCAAAAACAAGCACUGGUAAACACACAGCUGUGUUUAGAAGAAAGUAUGUUCAGUUGUGAAUGUUAAAAGACUAUUGAUUACAGAAGUAAAUCCUGCUUUACUGAAGUAAGUUUUCUAUUUUCUAUUUUUAUUUUUUUAAGACUUAUCUGGCACUCACCUUAACUGUAUCUCUUUUGAAAUCUAUUUUCAAAGUGUCCUUGAUUUUGGUGGCACCUGUAAGUAAAUUCUUUGGAUUGGAGCAUAGGUUCCAAUCUAGACAUGUGUGCACAAGUCCCAUUCCAGUCAAUGAGAUGGAUUUCCUAGUACAUGGCAGGAUUGAAGUUGAUAAGGGAGAUAUUUAAAUUGCACUUUUUCUUAACAGUAGAAAUUAGUGUAUCAGUGUUUAAAUAUUAGGUUCUGUACAAGUCACAUCGUCGCGAUGUAACAAAUGACAGUCAUUCUGGGUUUACAAGUGGUAUUUGCUUUGGCAGGAUUAAAGAACCAUUGAGUGUCUCUUAAACUCUCAAAUUAUGUUCAAAUUCAAAUAUCUAAUGCAUGGAAAAGGUAAUAAACACAUCUUUUUUAAGUACUGGUAAAUAGUUGUUGACCAGAAGUGAUGCAAAUGAAAAAAAGAGUCUUUGUUUGAUUGUAAUAACGUAUGCUAAAGAAAUAUUAUUAUUUCCAUAGCAAGCUUUAAUUUAAAUAUAAAAAUGUAAUAUUUUAAAAGGUAAUAAUGACCAGCUAGUAUUCCAGCAUUGGUAUAUGUGGAAAAACCUAAAGCAUAACAGAAUACUUUAGUUUCUUGUUGUAAGUACUAAAACCCCCCACUGUAAGUCAAUUUGACUUUUGAUAUCUAUAUAUUUAUAUAUUCAGCAGUAUCCUGCAGAAUGUUGGCUUUCUAUGAGUUUUCAGCACUAAAAAACAUUUCUUGCAGAAAUUCCUGUUGUAAGAAGAAGCCUUCUAGGUGAUCUUUACUUUAUAUACACCAGCUCUUUGAUACCUGCUGGUUUUUAAACUAUCUCUUACAAAACCUUAAAGUACAGAUUGGUUGGUCUAAAAUUUUGUUCUAUGGUAAAAUUGCUGAAAUUAUUGUUUUAUCACUACAAAUGUACUGUGAAGAAUGUGGGAUUAUAUUUUAAAUGCAGUAGCAAAACGCAUUACCUUGGUUACUGUGCUGUUGACAUGUUUUUAGUAGUGCAAUUUACGAUCACAUACUGGAUUAGAUUGAAUAAAGUUUUUUUAUAUUCUUUAGGUGUAUGGUGUCAAAUAUAGUAACAUAGAUUGCUUUAAUUCCUUUAAAUGUUUGGGGGAAUAAACUAUUAAACACUGAA